GUUGGGUGGGUGUUGGGUUUGAGGUGGGUUUUGGGUUUGAGGGUAGAUAAAACGAGCACAUCCGGAUAGGGUGGGCGUGUAGGACUUAAACGUGAUGUGUUGUAUGCUGUAUCAGGUACCGGUACUAGGUGGACUGAGUGGAAUGCGACUGACAUGGCAGGUGAUUGGGUGAGGUUGGAGUUUGAGAUACGUUUGGGUGGCAAUUUCAAGUGGCGACGCGACACCAGUGCAAGGUUGGAGUGGGCCUAAUCAGCGCCGGAAGUGCAAGAGUCACGUGACAUGAGCAGGCAUCUGGUCUAGCGGAUGCUAGGGGGCGAAUUGCGAUGAGGUGCAGGAAGUGCAUGUCGCUGGCUAUUUGCUUUCUUGCCAACCACGUUGUUGUCAAGGGUACGACUGCUCAACUGAAACGCCGUGCAUAUGUGGUAACUUGUUUCGUCCUGUGCUUCUUCAGCUGCUGCUUGGUUAGGCUGGUGUGCCCAGCAAUUGAAGUAGCAGUUGAACCGGAGCAAAUGUUUAGGCGCUAUCGAUGGGCGUAGGGUUCCAGGCUAUUACCGCUUUACGCAGCUGUCUGAUUGCUGGAUUGCGUCGUUCCUACAUUUCGAAAGAAUUUAUUGAACAUUACGUUCUUGUAUCGGGCGGAAACAUGUAUGCCCCAAUUCGCGGCUUUCGAAGCUGCAACACAGCGACAUCGUCAAAAGGCACCUCCGCAGGUCCAGUACUUCUAGCGAGGCAUAGCAUUCCAACUUUCGGCCUUUCUGGGUCUCGACUGCUUGCGCAUGAGCGCCGCCAACAGCUGGGCAUAAUUACAACAGCACUGAAAAGCGACAGCAGCAACUCUCUCUAUGCAACCGCUACUCGUCCAAGAAAGCUUGGAACCGGCAAGGAGGCCGUCGCGCCCCUUCCUACUGGAGAGGAUGACCUCAUGCUUGUCCCAUGUGCCCACCUGCACACCGAGCAGCUGGAGAGACUCGACAUUUACACCCUAAAGGACUUCCGCCGGGCUUACGAGGAGAAUAAACCAAACUUUCAUCGCUUCCUCCAGGACAAGGUGGGGGUGCACGAUGAGCGGCAGCUAGCCGCCAUGGAGGCCUUCUUCAGGGCCCUCGACUCGGCUGCUGCAGCCGCUGCAACCACCACUGCGACUGCUGCGGGUACGGCAGCAGCCAUGCACCAUACGACAGCAGCAACAGGAGCUGGGGCAGCAGCAGCGAUGGAGCGGCCGGUGGUUGAGGGGCGGCCGGUGGUUGGGGCGGCGACGGCAGCUGCGGUGGUUGCUGCGGGGAUGACGUCGCAGCAGGUCACCCUGAGUGUGGAGGGCAACAUCAGCGCGGGCAAGAGCACCUUCCUCAACAUCCUCAACCGCCACCUCAUAGGCGAGCGGGAGGGAUUCAGCUUUGUGAAGGAGCCCAUCGAGCAGUGGCAGCGGGUGGGCGGGCGCGAGGUGAACCUGCUGGACCUCUUCUACCGCGACCCGGCGCGCAUGGCGUACACCUUCCAGAACUACGUAUUCCUCACGCGAGUCAUGCAGGAGCGUGACUCGUACGGCAGCAGCACCCGCGCCCGCUUGCUGGAACGCUCCGUCUUCUCCGACCGCAUGGUGUUCGUACGUGCCGUACACGCCUCGCAGCACCUGGCGGACCACGAGCUGACCAUGUACGACGCCUGGUUCGGCCCCAUCCUGGCCUCCCUGCCCACGCUGGUCCCCAACGGCCUCAUCUACCUGCGCGCCUCGCCCGCCACCUGCAUGGCGCGACUGCGGAGGCGGGCGCGCAGCGAGGAGGGCGGCAUCCCGCUGGACUACCUGCAGUCCCUGCACGCCAACCACGAGGACUGGCUGCUGGAGGCGGGCUGCCGGGCCGCGCAGCUGAAGGACUUGCUGGCCGCCAGCAGGCGGCAGCAGGGGGCGGAGCAGCAGGGGCAGCAGCACCUGCAGCAGUGCUCCUCACCCGCCUCCCCCGCGACACCACCCACAACAGUGACAUCCUCCUCCGCACCCUCCGCCUCCUCCUCUCCAUCGUCGUCUUCCUGCCAACAGCACCACCACCACCACCACCAGCACCAUCAGAGCCAGGAGCAAGCGCAGGCACGAGGGCAGUUGCGGCCGCUGCUGCAGUCGCCGCCUCCCGCACUGGAGUACGUGGACAUUCCCGCCUCGCUGGAAGGCUGCCUGUACAUCAUUGAUGCGACAAAGUUGUCGGAUGUGUCCAGUGCCGGCUUCCUGCACCAGCUGCCCUCCCUGGUGCUGGACUGCGAGGCGGAUGUGGACGUGGAGGGGGACACGGCGUACGGCACGGCAGUCAGCAACAAGGUUCGCGACUACGCCGCCUUCGUGUCGCACUACCGCGCCGCCUGCCACCGUCUGGCCGCACAGGGCCACCCGGACGCCGCCGCGCUGCGCCUGCCGCGACCCUCCACCGAGUACUACACCACUGACGUGGACGGCAGGGUCACCUACCGGCCCGUGCCGCAGGGGGUGCCCGGGACCGCGGAGAAUGGGCCGUGGUCGUCCCGGUAGUAAGCAGGAGUACGGUGGCGGUGGCAGCUGCAGCAGAAGCAGCAGGGAAGGGCAGUUUUGCAGUUUGUGAAGGGUGCAUUGUGUAUGUAGCUAGCAGAGAGUGUGGGUAAGCAAUUGCUUCCUUGGGGGGUGGAGGGCGCAUGCGCGAGGAGUCAAGCGAGGGUGGUGGCUCCGAUGCGGCGCGAUUGAAGCGCCCUUGGAACUAGGAAGCCGGUUUUGUUCAAUUAAAUAAACAGCUUCCUAGAGGCAUGGGGCAGCAGGGCAUCUUACAUGACGUGACACGAGUGCUGGGGACUUGCAGGAUGCAUCGACGGCACACAUCUUGACACGACUGCGGCAGCUUGACACAUGAAGUAACAUGGCCGCCUGGCUUGGUGCUGUCAGGCGUGGGGCUGUCCAAACAUACCGUACUAUGCUUUCCGAACCUGUAUUAUGAGCACAUACCGUACUUCCUGACCGUUCAUGUCGUGGUGUAUGGUUUUCAAACUUGUUUGGUUGCUUGCCGUAUAAUGGUGUCGCUGUAUUGCCUGAGAGCCGAGCUACUGGAUGGUUUGCUUCCGCUGUGUUGCUCUCGGUGGGGGGGGCUUUUACGCGGUUGGGGUCCCCUGGCAAAUCGGGUUAGUUAUAACCCCCGGGGUUUUUCUUUUUGGCAGGGGGCGGCAAGAUGCUUGCUUGUUCUUGAUGGUCGUCAUACAUCUUGUGGACGAUUGAUGAGAGGAGCACUAGGGAUGUUGCUUUCCAUGCCGACUUAAUGAUAUGCAUUGAGAAUUGUUUGUCAUAGGCUUACAGCGCUGCUACUGCUGCUGUGUACGCAGGUUUCAGUUAUCUGGGUUUCGGUUUUGCAAGCUGCCGUUGUGCGUACAAGGGUCCUACACAGUGAUGCAGGGGACCCUUGCGCACGAGCAAGUCACCCCUCGAUCGUGCCCUGGGGGAUGCCUUUUGACAAGACUACCGCAUCGGUGUGGGGUUCCAAUCAUGCAGGUCGGUUCAUUCGUUGCUGUGCUACCGAUAUGAUGAUGCAGGGGUCCGACUAGGGGGGCGACCGCACGAGUCCUGCCAGGAUUGGGCUGUCGUGAGAGGGAAAGGGAGGGACUGCCGAGUCGGUGGGAGUUGGUUUUCCCACCGGUGUAUUCGCUAACAUUGGUGAGGCGGGGCGGUUCACCCACGGCGGCGGUGUACGGCGGCACUAAUGUCUAUGCGUACCAUAUACUGCAUUGUAACCUUGAGGGGAGGGG